UCUUUCCUCCUCCUCUGCACUUUCCCCCCCAUUUCAGCUUCUUCUUAACUUCAUACAGAGAAAAUUACCAACAUUUAUGCGUAUAUAAUAUAUAGUAUAAACUAAGAUAAAGUAUAGUCAAUAUUACUCAAUAGUGUGGCUAAAAAUCAUCUAGAAAUUUGUAGUAUAUAGUAUUAUAUAUUUCAUUCUUACCUUGGAAAAAGACAACCUACCCAACCAAAUAAUUUCCCCAUCUCAAAGCAUGGGCUUCCAUUUAUGAUCAUCAGCUGACAUCAAUGAAAUUUCAAUUUCAAUUUCAAUUUCAAUUUUCCCCAUUUUAUUAUUGUUUAAUUUAUUAAAAUAGUGGGUAUAUUUGUUAUUAUCUAAAUUUUUUGGGUACCCCAAGAAAAUAGGGAAAGAGUACAUACAUAUAUGAUAUAUGGCAUCAGCAGUAGCAGCAUCUGUUGGUCUGUUAUACUCACGUUGUAAUUAUUACCCUUCUUCUCCUAUUUUCUCUCUUAAGUUUUCUGGAGGACCCUCUUCAUCUUCUUCAUCGUCAUUGUCGUCUUCUUCAUCAUCGUCACAUUUUUGUUCAUCCUUUAGUUCAUGUAAAUUUUCAGGACUGAAUAAUAGCUGGCAUAAUCAAAGUUGCAAGUCUCAUGCAAUGAGUACAACAGCUGGAAAUUCUGUGUCUUCUACAAUAAUUGCAAAUGGAGAACGUGGGCCCGACCAUCUUCUUGUGCUUGUCCAUGGCAUCCUGGCAAGCCCAAGUGAUUGGACAUACUUUGAAGCGGAACUGAAAAAGCGUUUGGGAAGAAACUUCUUGAUUUAUGCAAGCUCAUCUAAUUCCUACACUAAAACGUUUGGUGGCAUUGAUGGGGCUGGGAAACGUUUGGCUGAGGAGGUCAGACAAAUUGUUCAAAGGACAGAGAGUCUUAAGAAAAUUUCUUUUUUGGCUCAUUCUCUUGGUGGCUUGUUCGCUCGAUAUGCUGUUGCUGUCCUCUACACACCUAAUAACUUAGGUGAUGGAGAUAUUGAUGACACUUUAGGCCGCUCAAUGAAGCAUGGUGUAAUUGCUGGACUGGAACCUAUAAACUUCAUUACUUUAGCUAGUCCGCAUCUUGGGGUUAGAGGGAGGAAACAGCUACCACUGCUCUGGGGACUUCCUUUCUUGGAGAAGCUUGCGCCUCCCUUAGCUUCUGUUUUUGUCGGUCGAACUGGUAGUCAGCUCUUCCUUACUGAUGGAAAACCAAAUAGACCCCCACUUCUUCUAAAGAUGGCAACAGAUUGUGAAGAUGGUAAAUUUAUAUCUGCCCUUGGCGCAUUUAAAUGCCGCAUAAUAUAUGCGAAUGUAUCUUUUGAUCAUAUGGUUGGCUGGCGCACAUCUUCAAUCAGGAGAGAAGAUGAACUUCCCAAGCCUCCUCAACGAUCUUUGGACGGUUACAAGCAUGUUGUAGAUGUUGAGUAUUGUCCGCCAGUUUCAUCUGAGGGUGCUCAUUUUGCUCCAGAAGUUGCCAAAGCAAAGGAGGCUGCACAGACUGAACCUAGCACUCAAAAUACAGUUGAAUAUCAUGAACUUGCCGAAGAGGAAAUGAUGCAGGGCUUACAGCGGUUGGGAUGGAAGAAAGUUGAUGUUAGCUUUCAUUCUGCAGUGUGGCCCUUCUUUGCACAUAACAAUAUACAUGUGAAAAAUGAAUGGUUUCACAAUGCUGGUGCCGGGGUUGUAAAACAUGUUGCAGACAGCCUGAAGCAGCAAGAAUCUUCAUGUCUUGUUGCCAGCUUAUAGCAAUGAGAACGGCAGUAAAUUUAGGAUGGUGGUCAGACUAUGUGCUGAAAUAAUACUCAACAGAUUUUGAGCUGGAAAUUGAAGGAUGAGUUGAUGCAAGUAGUAAAGUGAGGAGAUUAUUGAAAAUCAAAAUGUACACUGUAAGGUGAUUGUUGAUUUCCUAAUGUAAAUUACUUUGGGGUAAAUCAUGAUAAGAUUCAUUGGCUAUUUAUUCA